UAGGGAAUCUUCGCUAUCUGUCUGCUGUCGUAGCACCACCACACAUGUCGCGCUGCAUCUGGCUCGAUCACCUCCCGCAACGCCUGUAGCCACCUCGCUGAGCGGCAGCCGUGCAGCACCAUGCCUCGCGACCCGCUCAUUGGGCUCGUGGGCAAGCCGUCGAGCGGAAAGUCGACCACGCUCAACUCGUUGACAGACACCACAGCCAAAGUGGGCAACUUUCCUUUCACUACCAUAGACCCAAACCGAGCCGUCGGCUACUUACACAUCCAAUGCGCCUGCUCGCGGACAUCAAUCCCCGGCAAUAGCCCGUCUUCACCAGAUCAGCCUCCGCCGCUGUCUCUGCGAUGCAAGCCCAAUUACGGCGCAUGCCAGCAGGGCACGCGGAGUGUGCCCAUUGAGCUGCUCGACGUGGCCGGCCUUGUCCCUGGAGCCCACGAAGGCAAAGGGCUGGGCAACAAGUUUCUCGAUGAUCUGCGCCACGCAGAUGCACUGAUUCACGUUGUCGAUGUGAGUGGGACGACUGAUGCCGAAGGCAAAGCAACGAGAGGAUACGACCCAUCGCAAGACAUUGCAUGGUUGCGCUCCGAAAUUGUGAAUUGGGUCUUGGGCAACCUUAUGUCCAGGUGGGGCUCAAUCAAGCGUCGGCAUCUGGCUGUGAAAGCGACUGCUGUCGAGACGUUGCAGAACCAGUUUUCCGGGUAUGGCUCCACCGCAGCGGUGGUUGCGCGUACACUGGAUAAAAUGAACCUCAAAAUCCCUCUUCAAGAUUGGGACGAUGACACUAUCAAGCAGGUCGUGGAGGCUUUCAUCGACGAGAAAUUCCCGACGGUGUUGGCCUUGAAUAAGAUCGAUCACCCAGAUGCUGACAAGAACAUUUCGAAAAUCGCAAAAGCGCAACCAGCAGAUCGUAUCGUCCUUUGCAGCGCCAUUUCUGAAGUAUUUCUGCGCCGUCUCGUCAAACAAGGCUUCGUCCGCUACAUACCUGGGUCAGAGUUCAUCGACACAAGAGAAGAUCUGACAGAAGCCGGCGGAGAAGAUGGAGGCGGCCUGAAAGAACUUGAUGACAAGCUAAAGCAGCGCAUCGAGAAUAUGAAGGAUAUGGUAUUGUAUCGGUUUGGCUCGACAGGGGUGAACCAAGUCUUGUCCCGUGCGGCCGACGUUCUCGGUCUCACGCCCGUGUUUCCAGUGAAGAACAUAGGAACGUUCGGAACAGGCGAAGCUGGUACGGCAGGAGGUGAUCGAGCUGCCGUGUUUCGCGACUGCGUACUGGUCAAGAAGAACACAACAGUCGGCGACGUCUAUCGAAAGAUCAUGGGUGAUGCACCGAUGGCCUAUGUCGAGACUGUGGGAGGCGUGAGAGUCAGCGAGUCUGACAUAGUUGCGCCGGGCCAAAACGAUAUCCUUUCUUUCAAGGUCGGCCGGGCUUAGUAUAGUCAAUGAGCCGCUACAGCUUGAGACAUUAUCUCGAAGCCGAUUACGAUCGGCUCCGUAUUGGAUAAAUUUGCUAUCAAUG